UAAACACAUUUAAGGAGAUCAGCGAUCAGCGCGAAACUACAGUCACAUUCACAUACAUAUAAUCAUUAGCUCUCGACAGGACUGGAUUGAAGUCGUGUGCUAAAAGUGACUGAGGAACUAAUUGUUUUAAAAAAUGCCUAAUAUUAUAAACGAUAUCAAAUUAGAUUUUAAAGAUGUUUUAUUACGCCCAAAGAGGAGUACGUUAAAGAGCAGAUCCGAAGUUGAUUUAUUUACAGAAAUUACAUUUCGUAAUUCGAAACAAACUUACAAGGGAAUACCUAUAAUUGCUUCAAAUAUGGAUACAGUAGGAACAUUUGAAAUGGCUAAAGCUUUAUCAAAGUACGGUCUAUUUACUACCAUUCAUAAAUAUUAUUCGGUCGAAGAAUGGAAGGAUUUUGCUUCUGAAAAUGCAGAAAAUCUUAAAUAUGUAGCUGCCAGCUCCGGCACAGGGAAAGAAGACUUUGAACGCUUGUCAAAUAUAUUGACAGCUGUACCAGAAUUAUCUUUUAUCUGUUUAGACGUAGCUAAUGGUUAUUCUCAACAUUUUGUUGAAUAUGUUAGAAAAGUGAGGGCUGAGUUUCCUAAUCACACAAUAAUUGCAGGAAAUGUAGUUACUGGUGAGAUGGUAGAAGAAUUAAUAUUAUCUGGAGCUGAUAUAGUAAAAGUUGGAAUUGGCCCUGGAUCUGUGUGUACUACACGAAUGAAAACUGGUGUAGGAUAUCCACAGCUAAGUGCUGUAAUUGAAUGUGCAGAUGCGGCUCAUGGUUUAAAAGGACAUAUUAUUUCUGAUGGUGGUUGUACUUGUCCAGGUGAUUUAGCAAAAGCUUUUGGUGCUGGAGCAGAUUUUGUAAUGGCAGGUGGUAUGUUUGCGGGACAUGAUGAAUGCGGAGGUGAUUGUAUAGAAAAAAAUGGUAAAAAAUAUAAACUUUUUUAUGGUAUGGCUUCAAGCACAGCAAUGAAGAAGCAUGCUGGUGUUGCUGAAUAUAGAUCAUCAGAAGGUAAAACUGUGGAAGUGCCUUAUAAAGGACCAGUGGAAAAUACUAUAUUAGAUAUAUUAGGUGGUUUGCGUUCUGCAUGCACAUAUACGGGAGCUGAACGGUUACGUGAACUCCCACGUCGUGCUACAUUUAUACGCUGUACGCAACAAUUAAAUCCAAUGUAUGGUCCACCACCAGAAAUCUGAAGCUAUUCUAAUUAUUUAAUCUAUUGUAGUAUACAUUUAGAGAAAUUAUUAUUACAAUGGAUCAAUUAACAAAUGCUGUUAUUUGCUGGCAAAUAAUGUUUAUGUAAAAAUUUAAAAGCUUCAACUAAUGUAAGUGUACAUACGUUUUGAUGACAAUUUUAAAUUACACUGGAUUCAGUGAAUUCAAAAGAAAUAACGCUUAAGAGCACAAAUAUGUGAACUUUAUUUUUAUAUUUAUAUUCUUUUUGUGAGUAUUUCAAGCUUAAUUGUAUAUAGACAUAUACAUAUAUAUCGUUAUGCAUAUUUAAUAGUAAUACACAUACAAGUAGAAUCUGCCAAUAUUAGAAUGAAAUAUAUCUAAAUUUAUUUUGUAAAAUAACUCUAUAAAGCUAGAAGGAUUGUAUGUUUGAUGAAUAUGUGCAUAUAACUUUCACAUUUACAUUUACAUUACAUUUUACAUUACUUGAUUACAUAUAUGUACAUAUGCAGAAAGUAAAUUUACAUAUACAUGCAUGUGUGGAAUACGAAUUUUAAAUAUAUGUAUAGUAAUAUUAUGCCAAAUAAUAUGUUAGUAAAAAUAUUAAAAGCUGGAAUUCUGAAAUAUUUAAUUGGUGAUUAUUUUAUGAAUAAUAAAUAAUUAUAUCUUGAGAA